AUGUUCUCAGUUGUCUUGUCCCUUGAUCGCCCUGGGAGAGUCAACCAACCCCUGCCAUGCUCGACGUCGCAAGGGUCUCCUGGUGCGGCAUCUAAGUUCAGUGGACAGGACCCGCCCGGCAUCCCAGCCUGUUGGAGGCUGGCCUCCACAGCCCGUCACUUCCCGGGCAUCAUUUCACAAACCAGUCGCCCAGUACAACAUAUGCACAGAUGCUGGUAUGCUUGA